AAGGAACGCAAGGUUGCAGAAUACUACAAGAAACAGGAGAAGCUUCUUGAAGGGUAUAAUGACAUGGAUUCGAUGACUGAAACGGGUUAUUUCCCUGGAAGUCUCACUGAGGAUGAAAUGAAGCAAUUAGCAAGAAGUGAGAGACUGGCAGUGAAUGUGUCGAAUGCUGCUAACUUGGUGCUAUUUGCAGCAAAGGUUUACACUUCCAUUCAGAGCAAAUCAUUAGCAGUCAUUGCUUCCACCAUGGAUUCUCUCUUAGAUCUCUUGUCUGGCUUCAUAUUGUGGUUCACUGCCUAUGCCAUGAGAAAUCCAAACCAGUAUCACUACCCCAUUGGAAAGAAAAGGAUGCAACCGGUGGGUAUCAUUGUUUUUGCAUCUGUGAUGGCAACCUUGGGAUUGCAGAUUCUGAUUGAGUCUGGCAGACAAAUCAUUACGAAGUCUAAGCCUGAAAUGGAUUCCCAAGAGUUGAAAUGGAUGAUCGGUAUUAUGGCAUCUGUUACUGUAGUGAAGUUCGUACUCAUGAUCUACUGUCGAAGGUUUAAGAACGAAAUUGUCAGAGCCUAUGCACAAGAUCAUUUUUUUGAUGUUAUCACUAACUCAGUUGGAUUAGUUGCUGCUGUGCUUGCUGUGAAGUACUCUUGGUGGAUUGAUCCAAUGGGAGCUAUUAUUAUAGCUGUGUACACAAUUAGCACAUGGGCAAAGACAGUGAUUGAGAAUGUGUGGUCUCUUAUUGGAAGAACAGCACCACCUGAUUUUCUGGCAAAGUUGACAUAUCUGAUAUGGAAUCACCAUGAAGAGGUUAAGAACAUAGACACUGUGAGAGCAUACACCUUUGGUGCUCAUUACUUUGUUGAAGUGGACAUAGUGUUGCCAGAAGAUAUGCCUCUCUGUCAAGCACACAACAUUGGUGAGACAUUGCAGGAAAAAUUGGAGCAACUUCCUCAAGUUGAAAGAGCCUUUGUUCACAUUGAUUUUGAGUUUACUCACAGACCUGAACAUAAGAUGAUGGUAUAACUAUAUGCCAAACUAAAUCACUAGUAAAAGGGUUGGUUUUAAUGUGUGGCUAAUAUCAUUUUUUCAUAGGGUUAAUUUAAUUUUCAUAAUUACUUUUCUUAGAAUGAAUUAAGUAUAUUUUCUCUCCAAACAUCUU